AGUUGCAAUACUCAGUUGCCAAAAGAUGGGCUUGCAUACAUUGUUAGUGCUGACAGUUCUCGGAUUGGGUCUUCUGGGUCAACAUCGCGCAGAGGCUAGUUGUGGCGAUACCACCCACGACUUUUGGAAAGAUGACGGCAAAGUCGAUGAAGGCACUUGUAGUCGUCCGCCGGAAACGGCUCAGGAGGAAGCACCUAGCUCGUCAAAAAUAAAUCCCCUUGACGCUGAAGAAUCCUAUCCAGAACGCAGCACACAAGAUGUUCGGCCGCAAUCUUUCAUGGAUACCAUCGUUAAAAUUGGUCUUUUUAUAUGGCAGCUCAUAAAGAUGUAUUUUAAUUGGAAAUAAAUGAACCCUAAACAGUGAA